GAAGCGAUUACGUCUUUGGGAGACGCGUACCAUUACGGUCGGUUGGGCCUCGUGAAAUCCGAAAAGAAAGCCGCGAAGAUUUACCGGCGCGCCGUGGAGCUCGGAGAAGUGGACGCGAUCGUUAAUCUUGGGCUAUUGUACGUGACUGGAAGUGGCGUCAAGCUGGACAAAAAGAAGGCGGAGGAGCUGUUUCGCACGGCCGCAGACCGGGGCGAUGCGACCGCGCAAAACAAUUUAGGGAAUUUACUUUACUCUGAGAAGAACUAUGAAGAAGCAUUCCAGUACCACGCGCUCGCGGCGGAUCAAGGCUGGACCCCUGGAGAGAAUAACCUUGGCUGCUGUUACAUGUACGGAGAAGGCACGGAAGUCGACCUCGGCAAAGCCAGAUACUGGUUCGAGCGCGCCGCUGCCAAGGGCGACAAGAACUCUAUCAAGGGCCUCGAGCGCCUCGACGCGCGAGUAUAG